CACAAAUAAUAGUUUCUUAAAAAAAAUCAUGGAGGGAGACAACCCAGAUGAUGAAUACAAAGAGUGUCUGCGGAACCAUGCAGCAAGUCUGGGCAGCUACGCCACCGACGGCUGCGGCGAGUUCACUCUCGACGACACCUCCCCGAAUUCCUUACAAUGUGCAGCAUGCGGCUGCCACCGCAACUUCCACCGCAAGGUAACCACCUACAGCAGUGCUCCACCGCGGCAUCGUCGCGACAUCAUUGUUCAUCCGGAGACAGUGGUUGACAUGAUGGAUUACAGCGACGGUGGUGGCAGCGGGGGGCGGGGGAGUACUGGGGGAGGAAAGAAGAGGUUUAGGACAAAGUUCACGGAGGAGCAGAAGGAGAAGAUGCUGGGAUUUGCAGAGAAGUUGGGGUGGAAGUUGCAGAGGAAGGAUAUGGAUGAUGAGGUGGAGAGGUUUUGCAGAGGAGUUGGUGUGAGUAGGCAGGUUUUCAAAGUGUGGAUGCAUAACCAUAAGAACAAUUCUUCUUCUUCUACUUCUGGGAAUGUCUCUUCUCUUACUUCUGAUCAGUAAAUCUUCUUCUCCUCCUCUUUUGCAUUUGAUAAUUUUGUGAUUCUUCAUCAGUUUCUAUUUUGUUCGUCUCUUCUGUUUUAAGUUGACUUUUUUUGGGUUGUUGACUGUUUACACAACAAUUCCACCAUAAACUAAUUGUAGAAGGCAGAGUAAAUCAAUGUUUGGAUCAAUCUACAGGCUUUUCAAACAGAUCCAAAAGGGUUUCUGGUCAGUUGGGUCUUGGAUUUGUAUGUUCAAGAAGUAUCCUCACUGUAAUUGAAUUUUUCAAGUACCAAGGACGUCAUUUGUUC